AUGAAGUGCAUUCAGUGGCAGAUAUACAAUCAUUACAAUUAGAUGAACAAGCUACACAGGUCGUAUUAUUUAAAUAAUGGCCUAUUUUGCAUUCUGAACAAUUAUUGGAGGAAGUUUCACAUAACAAGCAAGAUGAAUCGCAAUUUUCACAUUGUGAACCAUUAAGAUAAUAUCCAUUUUUGCAAGAUUAACAAUUUGUGUUUCCUGCAUUUUAACAAUUUUAACAUGGGUAUUCGCAAAGCAGGCAACUAGUAUCCUACAAAUAAUAUCCAAGGAUGCAUGAUUAACAGGUAUUUAUUGUAGAACAAUAUAAGCAUGGUUCUGAACAAUGAGUACAUGUGGAGCCAUUCAAAUAAUAUGAAGGUUAACAAGAUUGACAAUUAGUGGGGACACCAACACAUAAUGUACAAGAUGUAUCACAGGGUUUGCAUAUUUUAUCAGCACUAUCGAAGUAUUAUUUUUCUGGACAAGUACAAUUUGAACAAACUAUUAUUUUAUAAAAAUUUAUAAAUUACUUGCACAUUUGUUUUCUUCAUUAACCACAUAUCCAUCAUCACAACUUAAACAGGCUCCAGUUGUAUUAGCGCAAGUGAUGCAAUGUUGGUCGCACUAAGUACAAGUAAAUCCAUUCAAGUAGUAUCCGAUAUUACAUGAAGUACAUUUUGUAGCCAAAUCCACACAAGUUUUACAGUCAGUCGAGCAUACCUCACAGUCAUCACCAAAGUAUCCAGAAGCACAAGCAUGGCAUGUUAAAGUAUUGUUUAAGUAAUCACAUGUUGAUUCGCAUUUUGGAGGGCAACCUAAGAAUAAAACAAAUAAAUUACGUAGGCAUUUUGUUAUGUCAAGAUAAUAUUGAUCUUUGCAACUCGAGCAUUAAGUAACCUCUGGACCGUUGCAAAUAGCACAUUCUGAAGAACAUGAUAAGCACUUGGAUCCUUCAUAGAAAUACCCAUCAAAACAGGUUAAACAUAUCAAGCUAUUUUAGCAAUUUUUGCAAGGUGACUCACAAGCCUUACAAAUUUAUAAAUCCAAGUAGUAACCAUCUUUACACAUUGAGCAUUAAGUAUUUCCAGGUCCCGAACAUUCUGUGCAAGGAGAUUCGCAAGGAGUACAACUUUUAUUUGAAUCAUUGUGAUAAUAUUGAGCAACACAAUUUAUGCAAGCUGUCUCUGAUUCACAAUUAUCACAUGGUGAUAUGCAGUGAGAGCAGGAAUUAUUAAUCAAGUAGUAUUUUGGUUAACAAGAUAAACAAUGAGUUGCUUCAUUUUCACAAUUUGCACAAGGACUGUCGCAUGUAGCACAAACAGUGCCUUAUAAGAAGAAUCCAGGAGAACAUUAUUUGCAAAUACCAUCCAAAUAAUAAUUUUAUUGGCAAGAUGUACAUUCAGUAGCACUCGAGCAUUUUGUGCAUCCAUUUGGACAACUUAAACAAGAGCUUCCGCCAUCUGAGUAAUAACCAUCUGCACAAGAUUGGCAUUGAGUUUGAGAAGUGCAUGUUUUACAUUUAUUGUCACAUUUGAUACAAUUUUGGCUAUCAAACCAAUAUCCGGUGUUACAAGUAAUACAUUAAUUCUAAUUGGUGCACUCAGCACAUGGAGUAACACAGGGUAAGCAUUCAUUUCCUUCUAGGUAUUUUCCUUGAAGACAGGAUGUACAAUAUGCAGCACUAUUCAAACAUGACUUACAAUUUGUUGAGCAAUUAUAACAAUGUCCAGAUGAAUAGUAUUGAGUGA